AUGACUGCUGAACCAUCCAAGAAGCGCCCAGCUGAAAGCAAGCCGGACAUGGAUACCACGGGUACCAAGCGAUGUCGUCGCAACAGUACCCAUCAACCCGCCGGACGUAGUGUCAGUUCCUCCAAUCAUGCGGCAACACAGGCGACGGCAAAAUCGACUAUCUCGUCCACUCCGUAUGUGUCGCCGCUGGAGCGUUUCAAACUGCGUCGGGCUGAGCGGAAGGCAGCUGAGAUAACGGUCACAACAAAGGAAGCUCUAGAGAGGUUUAUAAAAACCAACGACGUCAACCAACCAUCUGUGCGAGCGCGCCUCAAGGUCGAGGGGAAGGUAGUGUGGACAUCUACUCACACGGUCAAGACUGGUGAUGUUGCGCGCAUACAUAUCGUGGACAAAGAAGCACGGAAUCCCUGGAUGUCACGCAAAAAACAUUCCGCGACGAAUACGAUCAAGACUACAUGGCAUUUGACGAGAUGCUGA